AUGCGUUGCUAUUAUGGAUUUGAUUGUGAACCGCUCUGUUCUGCUAUACUAAUCGAACUGGCUCACAGUCAAAGCAUUACAAGUGGUACGACACCUUCGGCAUUAGCCACUGUGCUUGAAAAUCUUCCACUUGUCUAUGAUACAGAAGCAAAAAGCCUUUGUCAUGCUUGCACUAAAAAUGAAUCAGCUUCAAAUAUGAAUUGUCAAAUGGAAGAGAAAGUAUUUAAGCGUGGUCAUAUUCGACGAAGUUCAUAUGAAUCAGCUCAAAUUCAAUUAAAUCAUCGACCGCGUUCAUUGUUUGCUGUGCGAAAAGCCAGUAGUUUAAAUAGAUCUGUUACGGAUAAUAAAAUGGCUCAAAUGCCAAUGUCAUUUGCUGGAAUUAUGCUAAAAGAUAAAGGUCAACUGUGCACAUCAACUGCAAGCAUUGAAACUGCCCCCACUGCGGAUUCUGCUAUUGGUUGGCUUUUUUGCUUAUGUAGUAGGGAAGGAUAUUGGUUAGGCAGAUAUUAUGGCGAAUCUUUAAAUUCUAAAUGGAACUCCCUGGAUCGGAAAGGUCAAAUUUCUGAAAUCGCUUCCGAUUUAGAGUCGCAGCUAUCAUUUCAUUGCCUAGAUGAUGAAAAUCUUGCACAUAAAGGUUGCUGUGAUAAAUCAUCUGGAAAAGCAAAUUGUUUUAGAAGGAAAGUUCCACUGCCAACCAUAAAUUUUCCAAGGAGACUUUUUUCGCGUAACAAGCAACUGACAAUCAAUGAAAGCUCGGCGAGUAAUAUAUCGAGUGGUGCAGUUUGCAAAUAUUUUAUGGAAAGAAAACCACUGAAAGACGAAAGUGUUGUAUCAACUACUGGUCUUAUUUUGGAAAAUAGACCGAAAAAUUUACCCGCAAAGCCGGAGAAUGAAGAGGCGAAACAUAGAGCCGAAUAUAAUGAAUUAAUUGAGCAUACUAAGAAAAAAGAAGCACGUAAAUUAAAAGAGCGAAAAAAAGCUCUCGAGGUGCAGCGAAAAUUGGAGGACCAAAGAGCCGCGGCCUGUCGUGAGUGGUGUAAUGCAAUUUUGCCGAAGUGGAACGAAAUGUAA